AUUUUGAGGAUUACUUGCGAUAUCAUCAUCACUUCUCCAGGUUCCCGCGAGACGAAGCCCUAACUUCCCAUUCUCUGUGUGUUUCACUUUCUUGCUCCAUUUUCUUUGACAUAAUCAAGAGCGGGAAAGCAAAUGUCACGCCGUGAAGCUCGGGAAUCCGACUCCAAGCGCUACCGUUCCAGAUUCGAUAAAGAACCCAGUCCAAAGAGGUCAAGGAGGGACAGGAAGCCAUUAGAGGAGAAGUUAUCUAGAAACUCUAGUUCUCAUGUUGAAGAUAAUAAAGAUCGGGAUCAGAAACAUGAGCUGCGACAUGAGGGACAAGAUGCGACACCCCAUGAGUCUUCAUUAGCACUUGAUUCUCAUCCAGAAGGUGGGGUUAGCAAAGGAGCAAACAGGAACAGUGAUGAGAGAGAGGGAGGGACCAAACGUUCAUUGAAUCCCACUGAAGUACCACGAUCACGAUCUUAUUUUCAGCACGACAAACGUGGUAGUGCCGGGCAAGUUGGUCGAAGCUUUGGUCGAAGUUCAUCUAGUGGGCGGGGUUGGUGGAAGGAUUCAAAGGAACAGGAUAAGAAUAGUGACAGGGCAUCUGGAAAGACAGCAACUUACAAUUCACAGCGAAGAGAUGAGAUACCACAAACCGUGAAAGAGGAUAAUCACACAAGGACUCGUGACGGGUCCUCAAAACUGGAGGUUGAUUCAUCAGCUCCUGCUCGGAAAAGGCCUGCAUUUAGGGAGAAGAAGAUUACACCCGACAAUGAAAAUUUUGAGAAAGCAGGUAUGGCAUCAGAGAGUAAGAAACCGAGUGAUCCACACCAGCCUCAGGAUGGAAGAGAGCGGAGAGAAGAAAGAGGCCGUGACACCCGUUACUCCGAUAAACUUAGUAAGCACGUUACUGGAGAUAUGGCUUCCAAAAGGGAUGAGAUGAAGAGAGGAGGGUACUCGGUGAGAGAAAGGUAUGGCAAUGGAGGUGGUGGUGGGAAUUACAGGGGAAGAGACAGAUUUGGUGGGAGGCAAGGAUAUCCAGCCAGUGGUGGUACCCGUGUAGAGAAAUGGAAGCACGAUCUGUUUCACGAGGCUAACCGGAGUCCAACCCCGAAGAACGAAGAGGACCAAAUCGCCAAGGUUGAAGCUCUUCUUGCUUCAUAGGGUGAAAAAACUAGACUGGAAAGCUGUAGUAGGCAUUGAUAAUAACAUGCGAAUUGGAGCGCUGAUAAGUUACGGUGGCUUGUUUUGAGAACGUUUCGGUCAAAUAUUGUAGGGUCAGACGAUUGUCUUGUAAACCUACUCAGGUACCGAAAAACACUCUCCAUACGUGUCACAAUUACAAAAACUCUAGAGAAUUAUUGAAUAAUUUAGAGACAUUAUUGGAGAAAGUUGUUGGUACAUUGAAUCAAA